AUGGCGACCCCAGCGGCUAAUAAUAACAAUGCGAACGACCUCGUCUUCAACUCGCGGGCCGAGCAACGAAGGAGGAGGUUGCUCGAUAUCGAGCGAGAGCAGCAAUUGGAGGAGCUCGAGGCUCUUAAGAUGACCGAGGAACAAUUCCAUCUACUUAAACGCUCAUUCGUGUCUGUCAAGUUCGAGUUCUACGACCUCGAUGGUUUGAGGUGGACACCCUCUGCUCUAUACACUCGCCAGUUCCGCGCCAAAACGCAAUGGCACAACACUCAUUCAUCGCACAACCACCACGCUCCUAGACACUACCCACCCCCAUCUCCGCGCACCACCCAAAACCAGAAUCUCCCCACCCAGGGCCAUCAGCGUCCCAGCGAUUCCACCAUCCGCGUAGCCCCCCGCAAACCCGUACCACCCGCACCCACCCAACCGCAGCGCAAACCCACGCCUCCCACAAUAACCCUCAACACCUCCCCGCUACCUUAUGGGACGAACAACGACCCAGACGCUACACCCAUGCCGUCGCCCGUCGCGUCGUCGUUCUCAGAGUUGGACAACGACCUGCAGAGCAACCACGGCUAUGCGCGGGGAUGCGUCAAGCAGCGGUCUGCAGUCAAGGGUCUCUUCGCGCGGGACACCAACUGCGAGCCUGGCUCGUGCAACCCAGCGUGUCCACCGACUCCUACACCAUACAACAUCCAGUGCCCGCCAACCCCGACGCCUUGCUCUGGAAGUCAGUUCGAGUCCACUCAACAACAACCUAGAUCACAAUUCGACUCGCAACAGCCGAGAAGCCAAUAUGACUCCAGCCCUCAUCCGAGGAACGAACCCUCGUCGCGAAACCAGUUCGAGUACCAGUACCAAGACGUUGGCCAGGACUAUCAUCUCGCGAGUGUGGGGGUACAGCAUCACAUUGCCGACACGCAGCAAUUCCACCGGGGGAACAUGAACUCGCCUAUCCCGCCUCCGUCCCCUGUGUGUCCGUCCGUCAACGCGUUCGAAGAUCACACUUCUAGAGGGCACGGGAACGAGUGGGGACGCAACGUCGCGUGGAACGUCGUCAGUUCUUGA